CGUAUAAAUAUAAGAGCGCGAGGGAAGCCCGCUGACAUAGUAUCUUUAUUGUUUGUUUAUUGUGGUUCGUGUUUGAGUGCCUAUAGCCUACCUCGCAGAUAAAAAUGGUUCUCCAGCUUGGUGAUCAGUUUCCCAACUUCACUGUGGAUACUACCAUCGGCAAGAUUGAUUUCCACCAGUGGGCUGGCGAUUCGUGGGUCAUUUUUUUCUCCCAUCCGGCUGAUUUUACCCCAGUUUGUACUACGGAGCUAUCCACCGUUGCUCGUAUGGUGCCGGAAUUUGCCAAGCGCAACGUGAAGCCAAUCGCUCUCUCGUGUGACUCGGCGGAAUCGCAUCGACAAUGGAUCGCGGAUAUCAAGGAAUAUGGCAAAUUGGACGACUUAACCUACCCAAUCAUUGAUGACGAAAGCCGGGAAUUAGCUGUCAAACUCAAUAUGCUCGAUAAAGACGAAAUUGGAGCCGAGGGACUACCGUUGACAUGCCGCGCCGUUUUUGUUAUCGAUAGUAACAAGAAGCUUCGCCUGUCGCUCCUGUAUCCGGCCACCACAGGUCGAAACUUUAGUGAAAUUCUUCGUGUCAUCGAUUCGCUGCAGUUGACCGACAAGAAGAAGGUAGCAACUCCUGCCGACUGGAAGCAAGGUGAUUGGUGCAUGGUGCAACCGAGUGUCAAAGAAGAAGAUUUGCCUAAGAUGUUCCCUAAUGGAGUGACGAAGGUUCAGUUGCCAUCGGGCAAAGGUUACCUUCGCAAGACCACUAUUUAAGUUA